UUCGUUUAUCGUACCCUUUGCUCGUAUUUCCCAAAACUUUUACUAUUUAGUGGUGAUACUGAUGACAAAAUGGAUCUUUUGAAACCCCGAACGGUUCCGCUAUCCGAAGAGACGAUUUUGUGGUUUGAAUUUCUCUUGAAACCGUCUCUGUUGACAAAGCAUCUGACUAAAGUCAAUCCUGAUCCUUCGGCCACCGACCUUAUCACGCAGUUCCUUACAAUAGCACCAGAAAGUCAAAACCAAACCGAUGUCUCCACGCCGGACCCGGAUGGUGGCCCAAACAAAGCCGAAGGACUAAAAUAUAGUAAAAAGCAGCUUGCACUGAAGAUUCUUGCACUCAAGGUAGCGGCCUUCAUACGCUGGGAUCUGGAUAAGCUGGAGCGUUCCCUGACGGUAGCCCGACAGGUCCAGUUGCUAGGCGAUCUAUGUAGCAUUACUGCUGGAAAGAUGGUAACAUUACCACUUUCGCUCGUACACGAAUCGCCGGCCGUCGGUCCAGAUGGUUCGAAGCAUUCGCUUACCUUCGCACUGACGCUCUACCAUCGAUGGGUUCUCCGGGCUCAGGUCAUUCGAGCGGCGGUGAUCAAAAAUACGAAACCUUUCAACACACAUGGUCCAACCAUGCCAGAUCCGGCGGCGUUUACCUUGCGCGAUGAGUCUUCAAUUUCCGCCCUGGAACCGUUUACUCAGCUGAGCAUUGAUUUUCUCAAUCAACUCGCCCAAGAUCCGCAUGCUUUCCGUGUCCUAACGUACGAUUCGUUCGUACCGCUAGAUUCUAACACGGAAAACACACAGCAGCGGUUCGACUCAGCCAUCGCCAUCAAACCGUGCGAACUGCGUGCCCAAAUCCACUAUGACCUUUGCCAGUACUACCUGUACGUGCAAAGGUACGAGCUGGCGCGACAAAACGUGCUACUGUGUAAGGAAAACUAUGCUCAGUGGCAGCGCGAGGAGAUUGGUCGCACGGGGCUUCCACCGGCCUACUGCACGGUCGACACAGAAGGCCUUAAGGGCUAUCUGUUGGCCUGUGGCGUCACGGGAGAACCGGACGGACUGCUCCAACGGCUGCAUGAAUCGAUUCUCAACCACUACUCGGAUAUCGUGAUGAUCCUGAAGGAGGAUAACAUACGUAAGGAGAUUCCAAUGACGCAACGCAAACUGCUCGAGCUCAACAUUGAAGGAUACAACGCGAUCGGGAGCACCGACGGCAACCCAAUUGAGCAGAUGGAACUCGAGCUCGCCGUGGCAGCGCUGAACAUUAUCCGUUACGUGAUGGACGGGGAAAAUAUUCUCAGCUGCAAUGUAGCGCUUCAAAAGUACAAAAAUCAGCUUCCGAAGCUAAUCGAAUCGUUGUUCCAGUACGCAGACGAACAGUAUGAACAGUUUUCACUUGCUGAGCAGGAACAUUUGAAGCGAUACUUUUUCAAAAUCAUUUCCCUGUAUGGUGAGGAGCAGGGUGCCGCCAUCGAGGGAUUUGUGCAGACGUACUCGAAGGUGGUUUCCGUGCAGGAGUUGAAAGAUUUUCGCUUGCAACGGCCUUCAUCGGACAUCCAGCUUUCGGGUAUUGCGGUGCAAAGUGAUUGGAUCAUACCGGAAUCAAAAAAUCCCCGUUUAGAACUAGGACAGUUGGAGCGUCAACUCAUCUCCUGCACCUCGGCGAAUGCCAUUCGGAAGCUGUUGGUGAAAAUAGCUGGCACAAAUCCAUCCAAACCGCUGUUCACCAUCAACCCUAGCUGGUCGAUCCCCUAUGCUCUGGAGCAAAUACUUAUCCCUCUACCGCGGGGCUUCCUCCAAGAUUUUGCUUACAUUCUGAUCGGUAAAGCGCGCGAGCUGACUGCCCGCAAGGAUUACCCGACCGCCAUCACGCUGCUGACGGUGCUAAAAAACGAAACACAACGUCCCGAGCUGGUGGGCAACCCGCUGGUGGCGAAGCUGGGUAAAAUGGUAUCCUGGGAAGGACUGCUCGUGCAAGUGCAACAAGUCCUAGACGAGUGGCCCAAGAAACCGGCGGACCUACCGCAGCUCAUACGCAACUGCAAGCAGUGUCUAAAUGCGUCCGUGGUAUCGAAUAGUGGCGCCGGAGAUCUGGUGCCCCACGCCAAGGUUUUGGAGCACUGUGCAGCUUUGCUGCUGAAUUUCAACGAGUGGAACUCACUGCUUAUCCAGCCGGACAAGCGCUUCCCGGGCGUCGAACUGUGUUCGGCGCUUACACAAGCGUUCCUUGACAUCGAGAAGUUCAAGGGCACAAAGAAAACGAACCGAGAAGCAUGGGAGCUGGUACUGCCGAUGUUUAUUAGCCAACCAGGGUCCCGUCAACGACAACUUGCGCCAGACAGUCCGCUGGUGCUGCUGAUUGCUAAGCUGCGCGACCCACUGGUCAUAUCGAUCAUGCUGUCGCUGUUGGCCAAGCUUCACAACAUUCUAAAAGAUGAGACGAACCUAGACAUGAACGCCGAGUACAUGUUCCUAUGGCCAACAAAUGUUAACAACACAUCAAUCUACAGCAUAAAGCUGGUCUCGGAAGCCCUCAACCUCCUGCUCAAUCAAGCUCUCAAAUACUACCCGAACAAUAUUCCCUGGCUGAAGCUUAAGGGUGACUUGGAGUUCGUGGCGAACAACCACGAGGCGGCCAUGCGGUUCUACGUGACGGCGCUAAUAUCCGGCACCGAGUACUGUACAGUGCACCUCCAGCGUCCACUGUUUGAUGACUUCCUCAUCCGUCGCAUGGUGAGAUGCAGUUCAGCGCUCGGUUGUUUCGUGCAAGCGGCCGUCCUGUGUCAGUUCUUUGAUGAAACCGACUACGGGCUAGCGUUUAAGAGCAUAAGCGAGAGGUCGGCAAACUUUGCGGACGCCAUGGAUACGUAUUACAGCUGCAUUUGGGACCCGACGCUGCUCGAGUUUAUCGUCAACUGGCACUACAAGAGAGGCGAGCACAAACGCCGUCUGCAGACGAUCUCAUUCCUGGGACAGCUGGAACUGAAUGCCAACAACAACGAGGAAAUCAAACGUGAAGCGGCUGCCGUGCGGAAAAAUCGGUUCCUUCGAUCAUUGGCUAAACAAUACAUGUGUUAAAUAGAUCAGAAAUAAGUGUAUGCAACUGAUUGAUUUAAUAACGUUAAGGUUUUAUUGAUAGGUUAUCGAUUGAAAAUAAGAAUAUCGGUUCGUAAACUACACAUAAUAAUCAAGA